AGGGUGGGGCUGGGAUGUGUGGCUCUAGACUGGACCGACCCCAGUCCCCACCCUGCACUGCCUGUUGUCCCCUGACAGAGCCCUCCAGUGGGGGCUGAUAUGGGAGAGGCUUUCUUUUCCCAGAGUGCCCUAACUCGGCCAACUCCCUGGGAUGAUUUAGGGUGCCACUUAGAGGGUGGGGGCUGGAGAAGGUGACCCUGCCCGGAUCUUGGGCUGAUAAGAGAGCGGUUCAGGCAUAAGUGUUGACGUCAUACACAGCUUUAAAUCCUGGCUCUGCUAUUUACUACCUGUGUGGCCCUGGGAAGGUUGCCUAACUUCUCUGAGCAUCAGCAAAGUGGGGUCCCUGGUGCCUCGUGGGGUGCUGUGAAGGAUAAUUAGAUCAUGUAUAUAAAAGCCCCCAGCACAGUCCUGGUGCUCAGUGAUUGUGCAAGGAAAUGGCAAGGAAAUCUUGUUGAAGUCACAUACCCUUGAGAGAGGCUAGCUUUGGCGGGGUGGGGGUGGGGGUGCCUGUUUUGGUUUAUUUCUUUUCUGCUGUUGAGGGUCAGGGGCUGUGAAUCAGUCAAAGACAAAAAGACAUAGAGGAAGUACGAGCAGUCACAUGUCCAAGAACAAAACUUAAACCACGCAAGUGUUCCUGCCAUGUACUGAGAUUUACCCAGGGAGGCUGAGGCAUCUUGGGGAGGGGAUCCCUUUUUCUCACACUGGCGGCUGCUUCACGGAACUAGGGUGAGCAGGGUCGCACUUUCUGAGACCCCUCUGGCACCGUUCACCUAUGAGCCUCUCCGUGUGGCACCAGGCCUGGGCAAGAGGCCGGACGACCGGGCUGGGUGAGGCUGCAAUGUGGGAGCCUGAGGGGCCGCGUGAGCAGGGUCCCCGCGCGUCACAUUCUGCCCCCCAGCUGCAUCUCUGAGCAUAGGGCCAGGGCAGGCCGUCGGCAAAAACAAAGUGGGAGGAAUUUGUCCAGGAAACCCCCCCUCCCCUUUCUGUGCCCUUCUUCUUACCGAUGCCACCCCCCCUCAGCACCCGGCGCCCUGGGGCAGCCCCUAAUCUCCCAGGGGCUCACACACACACACUCUCCCUUGUCUCCUUGUCUUUCCCGUCUGGCUCCCCACGGAUCUGCUUUCAGAAAGCUGGAGAUGCCAGGGAACAUGCAGGUGGAAAGAACAAUGGUCUGGGAGCUCUGACCACUUGGGUGACUUUGGACAACUCUGCAGUUGGUCCACAAGCCUCUGAUAAGUAGGUAGAGCGAUCAUAGUCACUGUCACCCUCAAGGGCUCCCGUCUCAAGCCCUGACAAGCAGCUCAUCUACUCUUCACCCCAGCUCUGCAGUGCAAGGACCCCUGUGCCUGUUUAGGGAGGCCAAUGGAAGUCGGGUCACUUUUCCGGGCUGUCACAGCCUGGGCUGAACCAGAGGGUUCUGAGUGCAAGCCCCAACCUUUACACCAUCCACAUGCAGCGGUGGGGAGCCCAGAGCAAAGCUUGUGCUCAAAGGAAUUUAUUAGCUCUGAACCACUGUCACAAAACAAACCAAAAGGCAAGACAAAUCUCAGUAGUGAGCAAGGACAUGGGGUGCGGGGAGAGGCCAAGGAGAAGAUGGACUGCUGUCAUGGGUCCGGGGGGGUGGGGAACGGGAGAGUUCCCCGAGCCAGGAUGAUGCUUCUGCUCCUGGCGGCUACUGUGGCCAGUAGCUUGGGCUGAGAAGUCCUACCUGGGGCAGAGAAGGACUGACAGGGAGCAGGGCCCCCUGAGAAGGCCAGCGGAGCACAGGCAGACACAGGCUGAGUGGGAACUCGGGAGAGCAGCGCCCUGGAGCAGACACUGGCCGCGGGGCACGGUCAGCUGAGGCUCUCCAACUGUAGCUCAGGCAAGCGGGGCCACGUCCACAACCGUGUGGCCGAGAGGCGAGGCUACGGGAGAAGCCUGGAUAACCCCGAGGUCAGGAGAACAGCCAGGCCUUUCCCUCAUGCAUCCCUGCUCCUCAUCCCUUCCCUAGAAACUUCUGGGUCCAGCUCACACUGAAAGAUGGGUUUCCUGUUUUCUCUGUCACCCCACCCCCCUCCCCGGUCUGCAGCCCUUUCUCCCCUUUUCUCCACUGACAACCUAUCUGCACAACACACAGGCCCCAAAAAGAAUUGCUGGGAGCAAAUGCAGGCAAGAGAGAAGUGGACGGAAGGCAGUGUGCCCCAGCUCAACCCACACACCUCCCUGGUGAGGUUUGCUGGCCAAGAGGAACAUCUCCCCUUGCCCUCAAAUGCCCUCUCCUGACACUCCAGGUGCCACCAUGCCCAAGAGGCUACCGCUGGAGUCACUCCCUGAGAACACCCCUGCUAGCAUGCCAAAUGUCCCCAAGGAGGGUGGCCCCCUUACAGAUCACUGGCCUCAUGAGAGUGGCUGCCCGUCUGCUGGUGAUGUCAGCCAUCAUGGGGCCGAGGGGGCGGCAGCACCGAGGAGGUUUUAGGGACUCCAGCUCUGAGCACCACGUGGCCAUCCCCUGGGAGGCACGGUCCGCCCUGACUGCCCACACGGUCCCUAAGAUGCUAAAUUGAGCUGCCAAAGGUGCGAUGUCAGCAUCCCCUAUCUUCACCCCUGCUGCAUCGGCCUGAGGUGUGUGCCCAGAGCACUUCCCGCCACUGCUCAGCACCCCCACCCUGCUCCCUCGUAUGCACCCUCCCUUGGCAGGGCUGGUGAGAGAAGGGGGCUGACGUGCAUUGAGCAUUUGCUGGGCGAGCUACACGUGUAACUUCAUUCAACCUUCAAGCCCAUGAGGAAGGUAUUAGGCGCCCCAUUUUGCAGCAGAGGAGUCUGAGACCUGGGACAGUAAGUAACCUGCCCAAAGAUCACCCAUAAGUGAGUGAGCCUAGAACAGUGCCAGGCUCAGACUGGGUGCUCAUAAGAGCCCAGGAAAGAAUGACCACAAAUGAGACUGUCACCCGGGUCCAGCUGUGCCAAAGCAGGAAAGCUUGCCAGCAUGCCCUGUGGCCCACCACUGAGUGGUGAAGGUGGGCAGUGAGAAGAAUGUGGGUCUCUUGCUGUCCCCAGAGGCUAAUAGUCCUGAGGCAAGGAGAUUAGAAACUCCACAAUAAAGGGGCAUGGUUUUAGUUCAGGAGUCAUCCCUCCCUUGUCCUAAAGACGGGCAUGAGCUGCCAGAGGGAAUGACAAAUGUCACAGGAUGCUGGGGAGCUUGGAUUCCUGCCAAAGCAAAUUCAUGUGCUCCCUGGGCAGUUCCUGCCGGGACCUCCCACCCUCCCCUUGAGUCCCUGAGUGGAUGUGUCCGAAGUCUCCAUGUAACAGGGAAUCCAGGUGCUUUCCUCUUGAAACACCAUCCAGCAGGUAAACAGGAAACACAAAUCUCCCCCUAACUGGAGCCAAGAUCCUCACACUGGCUGAAAGGGCCUCUGUGUGUCCUCUCUGCUCCUAGAGCAAAGCCCCCAGGGAGGGAGAGGCUGUGGCGGACCAUCUGCAUCCCACUUCAGGAUGUUCCAAACUAGACUGUCAUCCCCAAGCGACACAGCACACAGGACAGAGUAGAAACGUGAGCCACCAAGGGGGAAGCCUUGGCUCUGCUUCUGGUGAGUCAAGUGACCUUGGGCAGUCACGUGGCCUCCCUGAGCCUCAGUUCUCUCUUCCCCAAAAGAGGCUAUCGCGAGUCUCUCAUUGGGUCGUUGUACCUAUGAAAUGAAAUGAGGAAUAUCUCCCAGUGAGCACCCAAAGCACUGUGUCCUCUGGCUCCCUUAUCUCGUCAUGCCUGCAACCUCUAUGCUCAUGUCCUUACCUCCCUUUGCCUAGAGCACCUUCCGUCUACACCAAAUCUUAGAAAAUCCCACUUCUUUCUCGAGGAUCUGCUGGUCCUCCAAGCAUUCGCUGACUAAUAUUUGCACACCUCUUCCUCUUCCCCCAGCCACACCACCCUCCCCUGCCAGCCUGAUUACCCUCCCUUCCUCCCUUUUACAGCAAUCCAAUUCAACAUCAGUUGGUUUGUGGCAAGUGCCGUGCUAGGCAGUGAUGACACAAAUACGACCACACAUACGUGGUCCCUGUCCUCCCAGAGCUUCUGGAUGCCUGGAGGAUGUACCUCUGCCAGGCCGGGGGCCGAAGGCAAGGGUGCCAGACCCAGCCUUGGGGUUCAAGGAAGCCCUCCCUCUGUAGGAAGACUCAGCAGAGACCUGGGGAUGACUGGGAGGAAGUUGGUGAAUGAUAUGGGCCAGGAAACUUGUUCAGACAGAGGGAACAUUGUUCGUGUCCCUCAUUAGAGCACCUGGCAGGCUGUAGUGUAAUUAUGUGUUCACAGAUCUGUCUCCCUUUCUGAGUGGUGAGCUCCAGCAGGCUGAUAAGGUAACCUAUUGAUCUUUGUAACCCUGGCUUGUAUCCAAGUGCCUGGCUUAGAGUGGGACAUGUCUGAUAAACGCCUCCUAAUUGAUGAAUGCACAAUAGCAAAAAAAUACCUCUGGGGAAUCAGUACCUGGCUCCAGGAUGCCUGCGAGAUGCAGAAGCUCAAAAGAGGCUGAGGUUACAGAGGGUGAGAAGUGUAGGGAAACUGAGGCAGGGACUGAGCCUCAAGAGUGGGGAAACCAUUUCUGUAGCUGGAGGUACUGAGUAAACCAGCAAAACCUUCAGGAAGGGUUUCUCAGAUUUGAAACUAGGCCCUUUGAUUAUUAACAACUGAGCAAACAAGCUCUUAGUAGAGGUAAAUGUCAAGUCCUCCACUUGGGUUCAAAAGCAUAAUUCCACUUGUUUAGAGGAAACGAAAUUUGGCUUAUAAGCAGAUCGCGUGAAAAAAGAACUUGUGGUUUUACUGGAUUGCAAGCUCGGCACAAGCCCAAAGUGUCAUUUUAUAUGAGGCAAAGCUCACACAACCCAAUUCGUACCCCACUCUGCUGGUCCAGCACCCCCAUGGCGCACAUCUGUGGCACACCCCUGCAGGACACGUGCAACACACACCCCUGCAGCACAUAUCUGGAGUCCCCGGCUCAGGACACUACAUUGCACAGAGAGCACCAAGCGGGCAGUGAGGAAGGGGAGGAGCAGGGGAGGCCCCGGGACUUCCACCAGAGAAGGGAAGACUUAAUGGGUCCAGGAUAGCCAUGCUGGGGACCCAGAAGGGCCAUCACCGUGAGAGGAUGUGCACGCUCCAAAGAGGGUUAUGUGGGUAGUGGCAGAUGUUGGUUCUAUGCAGAAGAAAUGUCCUGACCUGUAGAUAAUUCAUAGAUGGGAUGGGCUUCUUGGAGGACGGAUGGUAACUGGCUGUGGGCCGGGGGGAUUCCAAACCAGGACAUGAGCUACCCCCAAAGAGUAAAGAGCACUGGACAUGGAGUCAGCAAAGCUGGGUUUCUCCCAGCAUCUGUCUGUGUGACUCUGGGACUCCAUUUUCGUAUCUAUAACAAUAGUUCCCCGAGUCAUUCUCCCCUAGGGUGUUUUGGGGGUCAUGUGACAUGAUGUAUACAAAAGAAUUGUGUAAAUUACAAAGCUCUUGGGAAAUACCAGAGUGGGUAUAUCAUUCCCUCUAAGGAUCCCUUUUGUGAACUGCAUUCAGCGUUGUAGCUGGGUAGAACUAGCAGCCUGUCCUCCCUCCUCAGGGAGACACCACCCGUACGUAUCCUGAUCCUCCAAGGCCCAGGUCCAACACCCACCCACCCACCUGCUCACCCCUUCCCCAAAGCAGCACACAUAUGCAACAACAGGGGCAGAGGCUCUCCCGUCAUCUUCAAGCUGAAGGCGGAGCACAGCUUCCAGACCCUAGCUCAACCGUACUUCAGAGACUCACAACACAGGAUCAUUUGUGAGAACUAAAAGAGAUACUACCGGGAACUUGCUCAACACGGAGGUGCACAGUGCGCCGGCGCAGCGCUGGUCCAUGCAUGUGCCGGCCGAGGUGAGCGCGGCGGCGGGCGAGGCGGCCGUGCUGCCCUGCACCUUCACGCACCCGCACCGCCACUACGACGGGCCGCUCACGGCCAUCUGGCGCGCGGGCGAGGCGUACGCGGGCCCGCAGGUGUUCCGGUGCGCGGCGGCGCGGGGCAGCGAGCUCUGCCAGACGGCGCUGAGCCUGCACGGCCGCUUCCGGCUGCUGGGCAACCCGCGCCGCAACGACCUGUCGCUGCGCGUCGAGCGCCUCGCCCUGGCCGACGACGGCCGCUACUUCUGCCGCGUCGAGUUCGCCGGCGACGUCCACGACCGCUACGAGAGCCGCCACGGCAUCCGGCUCCGCGUGACCGCCGCCCCGCGGAUCGUCAACCUCUCGGUGCUGCCGGGUCCGGCGCACUCCUUCCGCGCGCUCUGCACGGCCGAGGGGGAGCCGCCGCCCGUCCUAGACUGGUCCGGCCCGGCCCUGGGCAACGGCUCGGCCGCCGUGCCGGGCCCGGGUCAGGGACAGGGUCACGGUCACCAGGUGACCGCCGAGCUGCCCGCGCUGGUCCACGACGGCCGCUACACGUGCACGGCGUCCAACAGCCUGGGCCGCGCGGAGGCCAGCGUCUACUUGUUCCGAUUCCACGGCGCCUCCGGGGCCUCGGCGCUCGCCCUGCCGCUCGGGGCGCUCGGCCUCAAGGCGCUGCUGCUGCUCGGCGUUCUGGCCGCCCGCGCCGUCGCCCGCCGCCGCCCAGAGCACCCAGUUGCCCAGGACACCCCACCACGGCCCCAGGCUCAGGAGUCCAACUAUGAGAAUUUGAGCCAGAUGAGCCCUCGGGACCCACCAGCAGCCACAUGUUUACCGUGAGGAGCCCCUUGGCCACUGGCAUCCUCUUGUACAGCAUGAGGAGCGAAGGCCAAUGCCAGGCUUGGCUGGGACAGCCCUUCCUGGCUGCCAGCCACCUUGGCAGCCCCUUGCCAGGCAACCCCCCACAAAGGGAGUCCAGACCCCAUUCACAGAGGCUCAGUGGUUUCUUACGUGGAUGUCUGUCCCAGAGCCCCCAUCACUGGGACCAGCAUUUUGAAAGAAUCUGUAUGUGUGUGUACGUGUCUGUGCGUGUGUGCGUGAGCUCAGCGUGAAGCUCACAGACAAGUUCUGGCCCUUUCUUACAUAGAACACCAUCAUAAAACGGGCAAGACACUGGUCAGAGGGGCUCCCAGGCUCUGACUUGCUGUGUCGACUAGGGCAUGUUUUUACCUCUCUGAGUCUCAGUUUGUCCAUUCUGGAACAUGGACGAUAAUCUUUCCUCCUGGCUGCUAGGACUAUCAAGAUCUGAAGAAAUAAUGGAUGUGAAGGGACUUCGCGAAGUACAGAACCAUGUACAGAUGUGGCGGCGGGGGGGGGGGGGGGGGGAAGGCCACGGGCUCCUCCUUGCAGGCACCCUUGGGACGUUCAGAGACUUCUUGGACAAGUGGGGGCCCCACACCAGCCUGGCCAAGAACAAGGAUUCCAGAGAGCAAACCUUUGAGUCUGGGGCUGUGCAAAUCUGUGGUCCCAGGAACAUCAACUCAGCGGUGAGAAGCCCUGUACCCCUGCCCCCUGGGGUCUCGUCUGUGACUGCCUCACACACUGUGCCUACCUCUUACCCCAUUGGCUGCUCUGCACUGCCUUGAGCUGGGUCCCCUGGGAAAAGAAACACCCAUCAUCUGACAGCAUCUGGGAUUCACUGUCCUUAAGGACCGAAAGCUGAGAGGUCAGAGGGGAAGUCUGGGCUGCAGGUUCGUGUGGAUAAAGCAGCUGUGGCUGUGACCUCCACCUAUGACCUGCAUCCACCCUGCACGUGCGAGGUCCAAAAGCACCAGCGAUUCCACGGCAUUUGUCCGAGGCCUCGCAGACUGACUGCAGGGUGCUGCCUUCCGUGUUUACACCUCUGUGUGAGCCUGUGCAUUUUAGCUCCUGCAGUUCUUGGGCUCAGGGGACAGGGAGGAGGUGUGCCUGAGCCCAGGGCAAGCUGGCAAGAGCAAAGGGCCACCGGGCCAGGCACUGAAGAAGCAAUGGGGACAGUCUUUCCCUCAGAACUUUUCCAAAAGCUAGGGUGGCAACCUAGAAUAAGGAAGGGUCCUCGCUGAUGCUUUGCUGGGGAGGUGGCCUGAGGUGUGAGGGAUCUUCACAAGUUAAUAAGCAGGGCAGUGGGUGACAAGUUUCCCUUGCUCAGCAGAGCCUUUGCCAGGGAAAGUGGGUGACAGCAGCUCAUGGUUAACUUGGGAUCCAUCCAGGAGCCUGUCUGAACUGUUAGAAGGUCAGAGGAGUUGGAAUUUGUACCUCCUUGUAUGAGGAUACUUUGGGCACCUCCAUGGAAGAGUCCCAUAUCACCAGGGAAGAAGCGAGGGACACAGGGGUGGUGUGGUUUGAAACGUCUGCCUGGUCUUUGAGGCCCGUUUCACAGCCAAGAAAAAGCCAUGAUAGCAAUUA